AUGUUUAAAAAGUUUUCAAAGGAUGACAUCCAUUCACGUUCGAAUAUAAAGUCUUCAGUUCAAAGAGGAUUAAGAUCAAAUUUUGUAAAUACAUAUCCAGAUUUGGAGAAUGCAAUUGAUAAUAUUAUACCCAAAAAAUCUCAACUUAUAUUAAUAAAAUGUGAAGAUAAGAUUCAAUUAUAUUCAGUAAACAAAUCAGAAAUACCAACGGAUCCAGAAUCCAAUGAAGAACCUGAUCAAGAAGGUUCAGAAAUCAUAUUAUUUCAACAUUUCACUGAUAUAAUACCUACUUUAAAAACUGUACAUAAAUUUCCAGAAUUAUUUCCAAAAGUUCAAGUUGAUAAAGGAGCUAUUAAAUUUGUACUAGGUGGAGCAAAUAUUAUGUGUCCUGGUUUAACUUCCAAAGGAGCUAAAUUACCGGAAGAAAAUUGGGAAGAAGGUAAAAUAGUUACAGUUUAUGCAGAAAAUAAAGAAAAUGCAUUAGCUAUUGGAAAAUUAGUUAUGAGUACUGAUGAUAUAAAGAGUAAAAACAAAGGUAUUGGGAUUGAAUUGAUACAUUAUUUGGGUGAUGGAUUAUGGACUCAUGAGGAAUGA